AGAUCGGUCAAUAUGGCGAUUGAACAGUUUAUACUUCUGUUGUUGUGGGUAAAUGUGACUUUCACUAACGGUGAGGACUCUCUUGAAAUGCAACUCCGUAAAAUCGAAAGAGACUUUUCCAUGUCCAUACAGUCGCUUAAAUCCGAGUUGAAAGACACUCAAGCAAAACUGCAAUACGUGGAGUCGGAACUAGUCUCCACAAAAUCGACAUUGAAGGUUGUCGGUUUAAAACUUUUAGUUGCCGAAACGAAGCUAAAGGACACUGGCUCUGAACUAAAGAAGACUCAGUCUGAAUUAGAAAUGACUAGGACAGAAUUGUCUGCAAUAAAGUCAGAAUUUCACAAAGCCCGAUUCAUGAGUGAAAUAUUCAGGGAUGAAAGUGAAAAAGAAGCACCAGAAUCGGGCAUCCCUACACCUUGUGUUAAUGACAGACAGGACACAGGUUCCGAACAGCAUACAUUCAGUGACGAAAGUGGCAAAAUCGCUCCAGUCUCUGGGAUUCAGAGUAGAGUGAUUCCGCUGUUGUCUGAUGGACAAACCUCGUCCCCUAAUCUACAGACAGCUUGGGGUAGUAAAACUAAAAAUUAUAGACGUUUAUCGUCACGAGGUCGCCGUGUACCUGACGAACACAUGGAGAAGGCAUUUUCCGCUCAAAUGGCAGAUCAUGCCCAAUCGCUUUCAUCUCACCAGACAGUUUUAUUUCCUCACUCCAUCCUCAACGAGGGCGCGGCCUACGACAAUCUGACGGGAAUAUUUACAUGUCCGGAAGCCGGGGUUUAUCAUUUUUCUGUUACUAUCAUGGCAUUCUCCAACGAACAGGUCGAAACAGAGCUGGUUGUCAAUGCCAACCUGUUGAUGAGGAACUAUGCCGGCGGGAAUCAGCGGUACAACCAGGGCUCCAACUCAGUGAUGGUACAUUUGAACGUCGGAGACCGGGUUUGGGUUCGAAUAAUGAGAAGCCCGGGUAUCAACAACGAAGGUUCUACACGGGUAUAUGGAUCUGUUUGGUCAACUUUCUCCGGCUUUAAGUUAUAGCUUCUGGGGAAAAGGUUAUCGUGUGAAGCAUGUAUAACAUACUUAUAAAGGACAUGGUUUUACC